AGAAAGUUUGGGAGGCAGGUUCAACUUGGUGGGGAAUUCCUCUCCCCCGCCCACACUCUCCAACGCCCAGGGGGCGGCAGGGUCAGAGCUCUCAGGGCAUGAAUCAGUCUCCCCUCCAGGCUCCGCAAAGGCACGCUCCGCCCUGUCCCGGAUCAGAAGGACGCUCACCCCACAUAAAGCAGCGGCACCCACCACGCUGGAACUCAGACUGCCUCGAGGUUGGACGCUGUGCACCUUCCUCCCGCUGGCACAUUCUGGGGACGCCUCACCCCACGGGCGGCUUGAAUCCAGACACCAUGUACUCUGUUCACCCCCUCCGGCUGGUGCUUCUGCCGCUGCUCCUGGUGGGAACUGCGCUGGGAGAUGCUCCUCAAGCGCCGCCAGGAAAUAACGCGGAGAUCUGCCUCCUGCCCCCGGACGAAGGGCCCUGCCGGGCCCGGAUCCCCAGUUACUACUAUGACAGGUAUACGCAGAGCUGCCGCGAGUUCAUGUAUGGGGGCUGCGAGGGCAAUGCCAACAAUUUCGAAACUUGGGAGGCCUGCGAUGAAGCUUGCUGGAGGAUACAGAAAGUUCCCAAGAUUUGCCGGUUGGAAGUCAGUAAGAGGCAGUGUGGGGAGCUCAGAGAAGUGUAUUUCUUCAAUCUAAGUUCCAUGGCAUGUGAAAAAUUCAUAUCUGGCGGGUGUCACAGCAGUGAGAACCGGUUCCCGGAUGAAGCUACUUGUAUGGGCUUCUGUGCACCAAAGAAAGGUCCAUCAUUUUGCUAUAGUCCAAAAGAUGAGGGACUAUGCUCUGCUAAUGCAACUCGCUAUUAUUUUAAUCCAAGACACAAAGCCUGUGAGGCCUUCACCUAUACUGGCUGUGGAGGGAAUAACAAUAACUUUGUUAACGUGAAGGACUGCAAACGCGUUUGUGUAAAAGCCUUGAAAAAGGGAAAGAACAAGAAGAUGCCAAAGCUUCUCUUUGCAAGUAGAAGACUGAAAAUUAAGAAGAAGCAAUUUUAACCCCUUUUUUUUUCCCCGUAUGUCAUCUUGUGAAUGCCUUUAUGAUUAUAUCUGAAGGAUAAUAUGGUAACACAAGUAAGCGAAUCAUUAGUGAUUUAUUCACCAGUUCUUAUAUUUUUAAAUUUGUGUAUUUUUUAUACAUAACUAGCUGCUAUUCAAAUGCGAAUCUAUUAUUUUAAAUUUAAUGUUCAACUAUUUUUUUAUGAGGUUAAAUUCUUGCUGUGCAUAAGAUAUAAAAGCAAAUAUGACUCACCCAGUUCUUGGGGUUGCUCUCCCUGACUUCAGAAGAUGAUAGUAACUGAAAAAUAUAAGACAAUAUAAUCAUAUUCUUUUAACACAUAGGAUUAUAAAAAGGACCAGCAAAUAUAUUUAAUUUUGCAUUUAAAAGUCAGAUUAUAUUUUGGGGCCAAGGAGACAAACUUGCAGACUUACCAACACUUCAAAAAAUGUUACAAAUGCUACUAUGUAGACACUGCUAACUUACUUCUAUUUCUACAGUGUCAUUUAAAAGAUAAUAAAAUAAAGUAACUUUUUUGACUGAAUUAAAAAGCUAGUAAAGUAAUUACAACCAGAAAUGCACUCCUCGGGUCGGGGUGGGGGGAUUCUCUGUCUCUCUCUCUCUUCAUCUAUCCAUCCAUCCCCACUCAGCGUUAAAAUUUUUGUACUGUUCAAGGUGCUUAUUUAUACUAUACCAGAGACAAUGCAUAAAUUUAAUAAUUUAAAUUCCACUAAUAAAAUAUUCCUGAUAAAUAUGA